UGGGAUGCUAUUGUACUUAGCUAUAUGGUCAACAUGGCUAUCCCUGGAUAUAUUUUCUGUAAUAGUUUAGGCUGAGAGAAAGAAAUGCAAUUAAAGGCUGCUUCCAGUGAUUUCUGAGUAGCAGUCUCUUCCACAUCCCAAAUUUCCAUGUCAUCCUCCAGUUCUGAUUUUUGUGGAUGAACUUGCAUCUUCCUUAAUGUGACGGAGGUUUUAGUGUCUGAGUCUGUUUGUGCAAUUAUUGUAAAGCCACUUCAAACCAAUAAAUAGCCCUUACCUUUCUUGCAUAUAUCUUUGCAUGUAUCUGGGCAGUCUCUGUUAAUAACUGACUGCUUUUGCCAGAAGGGCAGAACAUGAUUUCUGGCCUUCUUCAGGACUGCCUGGGCUAGGGGUUGUUUUCAUGAUUGCUUCCCCAGAAAAAAAGGGCAAGAUUGUACAUGUGCGCAAAAAAGCUUUGGAGGAAUGUCCAAAGAACCAUACAGCUGAGAGAAACCAAGAUGCCCUUGGCUCCAAUUCACUGACUAUGUCACCUAGGGCCACAAAUAUGUGGAAUUUGACUUUCUCAUCAAGGGACAGUUUUUGCGUAUGGCCCUGGUUAAGCACAUGGAAACAGAGAAUCUCUCAACAGAAGAUGUAGUAGAAAUAGAGUACGUAGAGAAGUACACAGCACCGCAGCCUGAAGAAUGCAUGCUACACGAUGAUUGGAUCAGUUCUAUUGAAGCUGCAGAAGAAUGGAUCUUAACCGGCUCCUAUGAUCAGACAUCUCGCAUCUGGUCAGUGGAAGGCAAACCCAUCAUCACACUUGCUGGGCAUACUGAUGUGGUGAAAGAUGUGGCCUGGGUGAAAAAGGACAGCUUGUCAUGCCUGCUGCUUAGUGCUUCUAUGGAUCAGACUAUCUUGCUGUGGGAAUGGAAUGUAGAAAAGAACAAAACAAAGGUCCUUCACUGCUGUAGAGGACAUGCGGGAAGUGUGGAGUCUGUAGCUGUGGAUGGCUCAGGGACUAAAUUUUGCAGUGGAUCCUGGGAUAAAAUGCUGAAGAUCUGGUCUGCAGUGCCUACAGAUGAAGAAGAUGAAAUGGAAACAGAAGAAGUAGCAAAUAGACCAAGGAAAAAGCAGAAAACAGAGCAAUUGGGACUAACAAGAACUCCUAUUGCAACCUUCUCAGGUCACACCGAAUCAGUUUCUUCUGUACUUUGGUCAGAUACAGAUGAAAUAUGCAGUGCUUCAUGGGACCACACAAUCAAAUUGUGGGAUGUUGAGACAGGAGGCCUCAGAUCAACUUUGACUGGAAACAAAGUGUUUAACUCUAUAUCUUACUCACCACUCUGUCGGCGCCUAGCCUCUGGAAGCACUGACAGACACAUUCGGUUAUGGGAUCCUCGGACCAAAGAUGGUUCUUUGGUACUACUUUCUCUCACCUCACAUACUGGCUGGGUAACUUCAGUCAAGUGGUCACCAACGCACGAACAACAGCUCAUCUCAGGUUCUUUAGACAAUGUUGUCAAGCUCUGGGACACGAGGAGUUGCAAGGCUCCUCUCUAUGACUUGGCGGCUCAUGAAGACAAAGUUUUGUGUGUGGAAUGGACAGAAGCCGGGUUGCUUUUGAGUGGUGGAGCAGACAACAAGCUAUAUUCCUACAGAUAUCAAGCAACCACCUCUGAUGUUGGUGCAUGAAAAUGAAAUAAGCAAACAACCAAACAGAGACCUUCUCUUCUGCUAUAUAUUCUUGCAGCCUUUUGUACCACAGCUGUAGAAAAUGUGCUAUUUUACAGGUUAAGAAAUCAUGUGUUUGAUCCAGACUUCCCACAAGUGGAAUUGUGCUCUCAGAGGUUUCUACUGGAUGAACAGGGUAGAUGUAAUUUUUGCUGAUUCCUCCUUCACUUUAAAAUGUUCCUCAGGAGGAUUGACUGACUAUCUGAAACAAAGUGGUAGAGAGAGCUGCAAGGAUAAUCGGUGGAAAUAGUUCUUUUUCUGCAUCCUCCAGUUAGAUCUCAAUCUCUUCUCUGAAGGACAGACUCUAACCCAAAAUGUGUGUUUGUGCAUUCAUACGAGACUCUGCCCUUUGUUGUGUAUGGCUGGGUGAUUGUAUUUAAAGCCUUUUCCCUUUACUAACUGUUUUAAGAAAAUCUGGGUCAGUAGCUUGAAGCAUGUUUGAGCUUAGCAGUAUAUAAUUGUGUAAAAAUAUAUUAAACUAUUUUUAUUUUAUGCAA